AUGGCUUUUGCGCCAGUCGCAGCAGCAGCAGUUGCAGGUACCGCCGCCGCCGCCGCCUACUUGGAUGCCAAAUUCCACAUUUCCAAGGACAUCACCUCUAUUAGAAGCGUACGUGCCAACGAGCGAGAUUUCGCCACCCGCGGUGCAAACAAUCGCGGCAGUCUGUGGUACUGGUUCGAGGCUGAGGUCCAGCGACUCCCCGAGACCGAAGAAGCCAUUUGGUCGCGAGAAGGAUGCUACACGUGGACUGAGACUUACGCGCAAGCCUGUCGAUAUGGACAGUACUUCCUGCAGAAUGGGGUCAAGCCCGGCGAAUUGGUGGCCUUUUACCUCACCAAUCAGCCAGAGUUCAUAUUCGGACACAUGGGAUCGUGGGCGAUAGGCUCUGCACCGGCAAUGAUCAACCAUCAUCUUGCUGGCGACUCUCUGAUCCAUUGCUUGAAAGUUAGUGAGGCGAAGCUGUUGAUUGUAGAUGAGCAGUCCGAUGCCAUUGAGAGAAUAAAUGAGGUCCGAGGUCGAAUCGAGGGCGAGCUUGGUAUGACCAUCAAGAUCCUAGAUAAGUCGUUGAAAGGCGAGAUAUGUCGGAUGGAGCCAAAGCGUCCCGAGGAUGAGCUCCGUAAUGGUAUCCAGGGAACGUUCCCUAUGUGUUUGUUUUACACGAGUGGGACCACUGGUCACCCCAAAGCUUGUCCUUUUGAGAUCCAGAGAGCCGGAUCGCUCGCUGGCGGUCGUAUUCGCAGCCUCGACUUGGAACCCGGGCCGAGCGGCGAUCGAUGGUAUAUCUGCAUGCCCAUGUACCAUGGAACCGGAUGCACGACUGCCGUAUCUUGCAUGCUGUCAGGUGUAACCCUCUGCAUCGGCAAGAAAUUCUCCACUUCCAGAUUCUGGAGUGAUGUCCGCGAUUCCAAAGCAACUGCCUUCGUGUACGUCGGAGAGACGGCCCGAUAUCUCCUUGCUGCUCCACCAAGCGAGAAUGACAAGAAACAUAGCGUACACGUUAUGUUUGGCAACGGAAUGCGGCCCGAUGUCUGGCAACGCUUCGUCGACCGCUUUGGCAUCAAGACUGUUGCUGAAUUCUUCAACAGCACUGAGGGUGUGUUCGGUCUCAUUAACGUCUGCCGCGGGCCCUUCCUGGCAACGUCCGUUGGCCAUCAUGGCCUCAUUCUACGGACCGUUCUCCGCAACACCUUCGUUCCGGUUGAGAUCGAUCACGAGACGAAUGCCAUCUGGCGAGAUCCUAAGACGGGCUUUGCGAAGCGGAAACCGUACGAAGAAGGCGGCGAGAUUAUCGUGCAGAUUCCGAAUGAGGAAGCAUUCGUGGGCUACUAUAAAAAUCCAGAGGCCACGAAUAAGAAGUUCGAGCGUAAUGUCUUCAAGAAGGGCGAUCUGUUCUACCGGACAGGCGAUGCUCUACGGCGGACACCGGAUGGUCGAUGGUUCUUCCUAGAUCGAUUAGGCGAUACCUUCCGUUGGAAGUCUGAGAACGUGAGUACUGCGGAGGUGUCGGAAGUGCUCGGCCACUAUCCCGGCAUCGUGGAAGCCAACGUUUACGGCGUCGAGGUCCCUGGCCAUGAUGGACGUGCGGGUUGUGCAGCUUUGUACAUCGACCCAGCGCAUCAGUCUACCUUCGACUACAACGCUCUGCUCUCACACUGUCGAGCCAAGCUUCCCAAAUACGCAGUCCCGGUUUUCCUCCGCAUCCUCAUCAGCAUAACUACCAUGCACAACAACAAGCAAAAUAAAGUGCCACUAAGAAACGACGGUAUUGACCUAAGGAAAAUGCGAGAGCGUGCGGAGGCAGAAGCCGCGGAGAAGGGGCUAAGCAGGGAGGAAGUCAAAUACGAUACCAUGUACUUCUGUCCUUACGCUCUUGGGCAUCCCAAGGUUCCAGGUAUGGAGGACGAGGAGGGUUUUGUCGAAUACAAGAUGGAGGAUUGGGAUGGAAUAAGGGCGGCGGCUCCGGUGCCAAAGUUAUAGAGAGCUAGACGGCACGAAUAUGAGUGGCUUAGAAGGGGUUGCUUGCAUAGAUUCUUCUCCAAUUAGGAGCGGAUUUGAAAGUGGUUUUAGAGCGUAAUGAGCGAGC